AUGCCGUCGUCUAUAUUAACGCCAUCCACAGCCGCCGCCGCCGCCGCGCCCUCCCGGGUCGUGGUUGUCGGUUCGGGCCUAGCGGGCCUCAGCGCCUCUUCCGAACUCGUCGCCAGGGGCGUGCCGGUCCAUAUCCUCGAGCGCCAGCAGAAGCCCGGUGGGAACUCGAUCAAGGCGUCGAGCGGCAUCAACGGCGUCCCGACCAGGUUUCAAGUAGCUGGGUCGGACUCCGUGGCGGAUUUCUACAACGACACGCUGAGGUCUGCGGGUGCGAGCUUCAGGGCCUCCAAGACAGAGGCGAGGCAGAAACUCAUUGCGGAGCUGACAGACUCCUCUGCUUCGGCUAUCAACUGGCUCGUCGAUGAAAAGGGCAUCGACCUGUCUCACGUCGCCCAGCUGGGUGGCCACAGCCAUGCGCGAACUCAUCGUGGAUCGGGGCCCACUCCGCCCGGCGCCAGCAUCGUGUUGACGCUGCUGAAACAACUCCAAGCCAGUCCCCUCGUGACGCUCCAGACAGGCACAACGGUCACAAAGAUCCUGAAGUCGGAUGGGGAGGUGAGAGGGGUGCAGGCCUCGCGUGACGGCAAGCCGGAGACAAUCGAAGGGCCCGUGAUAUUCACGGCCGGUGGGUUCGCCGGCGAUUCGUCAGGGCUGCUCGCUCAGUAUCGACCAGACCUAGAGGGAUUCCCAUCCACCAACGAAGCGCUUCCGGGAUCUCAAAGCUUGUUGACGGGGGUUGGCGCACAUCUGAUCGACAUGGACCAGGUGCAGGUCCACCCGACGGGAUUCGUGGAUCCCAAGGAACCAUUCAAGCGGACAAAAUUCCUGGCGGCCGAGAUCCUGAGGGGUGAAGGCGGAAUUCUCCUCAGAGAAGGACAGAGGUUUGUCAACGAAUUGAAACUGAGGAAGCAAGUCACAGAUGCCAUCGUGGCCAGGCCUCCCAAAGACUUACAACCGACUAAGCAGUGGGAUAUCCAGAUCUUGCUGGAUGAGGCCGCAUAUGAGGUUGCCAAGGCACAUGUCGACUUCUAUAUCUGGAAAGGCCUGAUGCGAAAGACAACAAUAUCAGAGCUGGAGCAUUCGGCUUCGGUUCUGGACACGAUAAAGCAGUAUGCUGCAACCGUACAAGGCAAACAUACCGAUCCGCUGGGUCGGUCCUCGUUUGGACACUGGGGGUUGCAAGAUCCAAGGCCGGACUCGACCGUCUACGUCGGCACCGUCACUCCAGUCGUUCACUAUACCAUGGGAGGAGCCAUCUUCUCGCCCGAGGCCGAAGUUCUGGACAGCAGCGGAACGUCAAUCAAAGGACUGUGGGCGGCAGGAGAGGCUACCGGCGGCAUCCACGGGGACAACCGGCUAGGUGGAAGCAGCCUGCUCGAGUGUGUGGUGUUUGGGCGGAUUGCUGGUCGAAAUGCUGCAAAAUUCUUGGGGGUACAGGCUCUGCAGACGGGCUCGUGA